GAAGAGCGAGUCCGAUACCAGCUCCCAGUCGCCCCAGGGCACAGGGACGAAGGGGUAGCGGCGCUCGCGUUCGGAUGACAUCAGCUGAUGGAAUCCUAUCGGGCUCGGACUGCUCGCGCGACUUCCGCUCGGGGCGGUAGGGAGGAGGCGGCAGCGGCGCGCGCGAGAGGGGCGGGCAGACGGACCGAUCGACCGACCGACCGACCGACGGCCGUUACUUCGCUCUCGGUUUUUUUUUAAAAACCGUAUUUUUUUUUCCUUUGACCGCCCGCCGUGCGAGGUGAGGGGGAAAGAAGUAAAUCAACAAUUUAAAAAAAAGAAUUAAACCCGCAACCGUCAUCGGAGCAGCUGCGAGACGAGCCUGUGCAUAUGUGAGCGGCAGAGGAAUGGGUGUCCUCAAGCUGACGGAACAGCCUCCGUUGGUCCAGGCAAUAUUUAACGGGGAUCCUGAUGAAGUGCGGAUGUUGAUCUAUAAAACCGAAGAUGUCAACGCUUUGAUCGGUGUCAUCUGCAAACUUGGAGAUCUGGAUCCUGAAAAGCGGACACCACUACAUGCAGCUGCCUUUCUUGGUGAUGCCGAAAUCAUCGAGCUUCUUAUCUUGUCAGGAGCACGUGUCAAUGCUAAAGAUAACAUGUGGUUAACCCCACUUCAUCGUGCCAUUGCUUCACGGAGUGAUGAAGCAGUUCACGUUUUGAUCAAGCAUUCAGCAGAUGUCAAUGCUCGUGACAAAAACUGGCAGACCCCAUUGCAUGUAGCUGCUGCAAACAAGGCAGUGAAGUGUGCAGAAGCAAUCAUUCCACUGCUUAGCAGUGUCAAUGUUUCCGAUAGAGGAGGCAGGACAGCCUUGCAUCAUGCUGCACUCAACGGACAUAUAGAGAUGGUAAAUCUUCUAUUAGCAAAAGGGGCCAAUAUUAAUGCUUUUGAUAAGAAGGACAGAAGGGCCUUGCACUGGGCAGCUUACAUGGGUCAUGUUGAAGUAGUUUCUUUGUUAUUGAGUCAUGGAGCAGAAGUUAGUUCCAAGGAUAAAAAAGGUUAUACCUCACUACAUGCAGCUGCUUCUAAUGGACAAAUUAAUGUGGUGAAACUACUGAUUAGUCUUGCUGUAGAGAUUGAUGAACCGAAUUUAUAUGGAAAUACAGCUCUCCAUAUUGCUUGUUACAAUGGACAAGAUACUGUGGUCAAUGAACUUAUUGACUAUGGUGCUAAUGUGAAUCAACCCAACAACAAGGGAUUUACACCUUUGCACUUUGCUGCUGCUUCAACCCAUGGUGCUUUGUGUCUUGAACUAUUAGUAAAUAAUGGAGCAGAUGUCAACUUCCAGAGUAAAGAUGGCAAGAAUCCGUUGCAUAUGACUGCUGUCCAUGGUCGAUUCACACGAUCACAAACACUUAUUCAAAAUGGUGGUGAGAUAGAUUGUGUUGAUAAAGAUGGCAAUACCCCUUUGCAUGUGGCUGCCAGAUAUGGACAUGAACUUUUGAUUAAUACUUUGAUAACCAGCGGAGCUGAAACAGCAAAGUGUGGCAUCCAUGGUAUGUUUCCCUUGCAUUUAGCAGCAUUGAAUGCACAUGCAGACUGCUGCCGGAAGUUACUGUCAUCAGGACAAAAAUAUAGCAUAGUGUCAUCAUUUAGUAACGAGCACGUGCUGUCUGCAGGCUUUGAGAUAGACACCCCUGAUAAUUAUGGAAGGACUUGCCUUCAUGCUGCUGCUGCAGGAGGCAAUGUUGAUUGCAUAAAACUACUACUGAGUAGCGGAGCGGAUUUCAAUAACAAGGACAAAUGCGGGAGGACUCCAUUGCACUAUGCAGCUGCGAAUUGUAACUACCAGUCUAUCAUGACGCUAGUGUCAACAGGGGCCAAUAUUAAUGAAACAGAUGAACGAGGCUGCACUGCUUUACACUAUGCUGCAGCAUCUGAUGUGGACAGAAAGAAGAAAAGUAUCUUGGCAAAUUCGGAUGCAAAUGUUGAAGAACUUGAAGACACCAAUGAGAAAAAAGAGAAAGAGGCCUCAUUCUGUUUGCAGUAUUUACUUCACAAUGAUGCCAAUCCAGCAAUACGAGACAAGCAGGGUUAUAAUGCAGUUCACUAUGCUGCUGCAUACGGGCAUAAGCAAUGUCUGGAACUGAUUGCCAGCAAAAACUCCUUGGAGUUUCUUAUAGAGGCUACUGGGCACAACUUUGAGGACUCUGAUUCAGCAGCUCCAAAGAGCCCUUUGCAUUUGGCUGCUUACAACGGUCAUCACCAAGCACUUGAAAUACUUAUUCAUUCCAUUAUUGACCUUGAUGUAAAAGACGCAAAUGGACGGACAGCCUUAGAUUUAUCUUCCUUCAGAGGUCACACUGAAUGUGUGGAAGCCCUUAUUAACCAAGGUGCUUCCAUCUUAGUGAAAGACAGUGUGGCGAAGAGGACCCCACUUCAUGCAGCAGUGUCCAAUGGUCAUACGACAUGCCUGCGCAUGUUAAUAGAGGCUGCAGGUGGCUUGGAUGCAGUUGAUGUGACAGAUGGCAAUGGACAGACACCAAUGAUGCUUGCAGUUGCUAAUGGACACAUCGAUGCUGUCAUUCUGUUACUUGAAAAAGGUGCAAAUAUAGAUGCAGCAGAUAAACGAGGCUGCACAGCCUUGCAUCGUGGGGUUGUUACCGGCCACGAAGAAUGUGUGGAAACAUUAUUGGAACAUGAUGCAUUUAUUUUAUGUCGUGAUUCCAAAGGAAGGACCCCGUUGCAUUUUGCAGCAGCUUGUGGUCAUGCAACUUUAUUGUGCAAUUUAUUGCCGUCAGCACUUUCUAUAAGUUCCCUCACAAAUCUAGUAGAUAAUUAUGGCUAUACACCAUUGCACUGGGCUUGUUAUAAUGGUCAUGAAACAUGUUUGGAGGUCCUACUGGAACAGAAAGAAUUUAUCAAAUUUGAGGGUGCUCCUUUUACUCCUUUGCACUGUGCAAUAAUAAAUGACCAUGAAAAUUGUGCAGAAAUGUUAAUUGAAGCUUUAGGUGCUAGAGUUGUUGAUUCCAGAGAUGCCCAAGGAAGAACUCCUCUUCACGCAGCUGCUUUUACAGACCAUGUGGAGUGUUUGCAAUUGCUGUUAAGUCAUGGUGCACAAGUGAACCCUGUUGAUAGGUCAGGGAAAACUCCAUUAAUGAUGGCAGCUGAAAAUGGACAAUGUGGAGCUGUAGAGAUCUUGGUAAACAGUGCAAAUGCUGACUUAACUUCCAAAGACACCAACAAGAAUACAGCUCUUCACUUGGCAUGUAGCAAAGGUCAUGAAAAAUGUGCCUUGUUCAUUCUUGAGAAGAUGGAUGGUGCAAGCCUUAUUAAUGCAACAAACAAUGCAUUGCAAACGUAAGUCAUAAUAUUUCAGUAAAUCUCUUUUUUUAAAAAGAUUUCAAAAUGAUUGUUUUGGAGAGAAGGUAUUUUGUGGGGUCUGAGGGAAGAGGGUGAUUUUCAGAAUGCAGACAAAUGCUAAAGCAUGUCGGAAAUCUUUCACGUUAGCUAAAGUUAACACAUGAAGUGGCAAUCUUACAGGUAUUUUUACUCAAUCUGUUGAGGGAUGUUAUGGCACACCUAUGGAGCAAGUGCAAAUUGAAUCUGGGCCUUCAGACCCAGAGGUAGAGACACUACCACUGUGCCACAAGAGCAAGAAAUGCCAAGGUUUAGACUCGUUAUGAAGAUUUGCACAACACAGUUAUGCGGAUUUUCCACUGGCUAGCAUAGAUUGGGGUUGCGCUUUGGGACCCUGCAGAAACCCCUUCAUAGCAGACUCUGAAGAAGUUGCCUGGGAAAUUUUAUGGCGCUUUGGUAAUUCUUCAAUGUCUAGACCCCUCUGAAAGGUGCCAUAAAAUCGGAGACUUCGAAUGGUUCUGCUGAAGUAAAGUAAAAUAAUUACUCAGGAAACGCUGUAGUAUUAAAUACAUAGUCUAAAUCCUGAAUAACCAUUAAUCUGACCCCUUACUUGCUUCACCUGAUCCCAUCUACAUAAUCUUUACGUCCCCUUGACCCUUGCAUGAUAUUCCCAGCACCUGUCCCCCACCUAUUUAUCCUCAGAAUUGAAAACCACCAAUUUGCCGCUGCCCCCAACCUCCUAGGAUUCCCCCUCUAAACUUCUCAGCCUCUCUUCCCUCCUGUAAUAUAUUUCUUACUUCUUAAAAUCCAAGCAAAUAUUUUUAUCUAAUCCAAAGACCAAUUUUAUUUGACUAUAUUCCUAUGAACCACUUUGGGACAUUUUCCUACAUUGAAGGUACUGUGUACAUUUAAGCUGCUGUUUGUUAAUUUUCUGGUAAAUGAAUUUCUCACUUCCAGAACAUUAUUGCCUUUUAAAAAUUUUUUUUUUCAGUUUUCAUCAGGCCCAUUGUAAAUAUGGGGAUUGUGGAUGAGGUGAAAAACAAAAUCAUAAUGCAGUGAUAAUACGGAUCUGAAAGCUGCAGUUUAAACAAAAAAAUGGUUUUCAGGAUGUGGUGUUAAUGACUCAGCCAGCAUUUCAUGUCCAUCUAUAGUUCCCCCAAAAAGGUGGUGAAGACCCACCUCCUUGAACUGUUAACAGUUUGUCUGGUGAAGUCAUAUCCAUAUUGCUGUUUUCUGGAGAAUCUCAGGACAUCGACACAUGGAUGAAGAAGGAAUGGUGAAAUAGAUUCAAAUCAGGAUAGUGGGUGGAGAGGGAACAUGGAUAGUGUUAGUGUUACUAUGCAGUAGCUGCCAUUAUCCUUCUCUGAGGUGGAGGUUAUAAUAUUUUGAAUGGCUGAAGAAGCCUUGAAGAAUCCUGGGAAUGGUAUGCAAUACAAUCAAUGAAGCUGGUAGUGAAGAAGGCCAAUGUUUAGAGUGGUGUAUAAAGUACUGAUUGAGUGAACUACUUUGACCUGAAUGGUGCUGAGCUUGAAUGUUGUUGCCUGCGAAUACCACGAGCUGUAAGCUAUCCUCCAACUUGCACACAAUUCUGACUUGGAACUAUGUUACAUCUCCUUUGUUAUCCUUUGCUGAGUCAAAAUCCUGGAACCACCUCCCAAACAGCACUGCAGGUGUACUUAGCCAUCACGUUGACUGUGAUGGUUCAAGAAUGUGACUCUCAUUCAAUUUCUUGAGGGUAAUUCAGGAAGAUCAAUAAAUAUUGGCCUGACCGGAAAUGCCAGAUCUUCAAAAAUUUAUGAAAUAAAGUUGAAGAGAAUUUUGCAAGUUCACUAUGUGGAUGCCAUGUACCGAUUCAGUGUUUAGGUCAGAGCUGAAAGAUCCUUCUAGAUUGGUUGAUUGCAGAUUAGGUAGAUUAGCCAUGGGAAAUGCAGGGUUACAGAGAUAG